AUGAGCUCAGUCGUAACGCUUGCAGGCUCUACUGCAAGCUACAAAACGCCCCCAUCCCAAGAAUUCCCGCGCUUGCUCCUCGACAACGAAAGACUCGCAGCGACGCUCCUGCGCAUGAGCCACAAGUAUCACGCACACAAGCUACGCGCCGCGCUCCUGGCUGCGCUUGAGCUGUACUUUCGGGCCACGCUCCUCGGCUGGCAACGCAGGCGGCAAGUGAUCAGUGCGCGGAAUCCCUUCAGUAAGAAGAGUGCCAUCAUCCACCUCGCGAACACCGCCGAGCACGCUGCGCCACACCUUCUGCCCACUGCGCUGCUCGCACUCGUACCCUUCUAUGCGCACGCUUCCGCCGAGUACCCGUUUGGGCGAGGCGUCUUCAAGAGAAGUCAACGGUAG